CCGUGCAGGCCAACGUCACAUCUGAAUUUGCUAAAAUACACCAGGUUCUGGCUGAGAGAGAGCAGCGCUUACUGAGCGAUCUCAGGGCAGAGGAGGAGAAGAUUCUGAACUCCAUGGAGAAAAAUCUUCAGGAGAUUGAAGAGAAUUUAGCCUCCGUUGAGGAGAAACUCUCCAAGUUACAGGAACAGAUGAAUGAGGAAGACAGUGUGAUGUUUCUGAAGGAGGAAUUGUGUCAGGACAGCAGGGUUAGUGAGGAAACUCAGACAUUGUCUGUAACAGAAGGUGUCAUAACCAUUGGAAAAUUCAGGGACACAAUACUGAGAGGGAUGUUUGAUGCCAUGAAGCAAGUCUAUGAGACCCUCUUCAUUGAGGUGUCGGAGGAUCCGAAUUGUGUGAGAGGGACUGAGACCCAGAUGAGUUUCUCCGACCCCGAGAACAGUGAGGAGGGCAAUGAACCUGGAGAUUGAGGAAUGAAACUGUUGUCUGAGACUCUGACGGACCCGGAGUGUAAAAUAUACAAACUGGGGUUGACAGCUAAUAGUUCCACAUCUGAUUUUGAGCACUUCAUCUCCACUCUCAGUACAAACCACUCACUGAGAGAGGUGGAGCUGGACCUGAGUUCCAAUGAACUGGGGGAUUCAGGAGUGAAACUGUUGUCUGAGGCUCUGAGGAAGAUAAAGUGUAAAAUACAGAGACUGAUUCUGGAGUCUGUCGGUCUCAGAGCUGCUGGUGUUGUGGAUCUCGCCUCUGCUCUCAGUACAAACCGCUCACUGACAGAGCUGUUCCUGACUGAGAAUGAACUGGGAGAUUCAGGAGUCAAACUGGUGUCUGAGGCUCUGAGGAACCCAGCGUGUAAAAUACAGAAACUGAGUCUAGAUUCUGUCGACAUCACAGCUGCUGGUGUUGUGGAUCUCACCUCUGCUCUCAGUACAAACCGCUCACUGACAGAGCUAGACCUGGCUUAUAAUGAACUGGGAGAUUCAGGAAUGAAACGCUUGUCUAAGGCUCUGAGGAAAAGGGAUUGUAAAAUACAGAAAAUCCGUCUGCAGUCUGUCGGUCUCACAGCUGCUGGUGUUGUGGAUCUCACCUCUGCUCUCAGUACAAACCGUUCACUGAUAGAACUGGACCUGGCUGAUAAUGAACUGGGAGAUUCAGGAGUGAAACUGGUGUCUGAGGCUCUGAGGAACCCAGCGUGUAAAAUACAGAAACUUCAGCUGAUGGGGAAUCAGUUCAGUUCAGAUGGAAAGAAACAGCUGAAGUCGCUGGAGAGAACCAGACCCGGACUGAGAGUGAUCUUCUGAACAUCCCACUGUGUGUACAUCACCACCCUUGGGAUCGGAACAUUUCUCUCCGAUAUCCCACCCUCCCCUUUGAACCUGAACAUCCCAGCUGGAACUGAGCACGUGUCCCCUCCUGUGGUGAUCUCAAAUGCCUGGUCGCAGAGUCACCGUCGAUGAGAAUAUAGUUUAAUAUCACUGGCAUAUAUCAUGAAGUUGUUAUGAGUCUCCCCUCGGAAGCUCAUGGAGUAAGGUGCAUUUGUCCCAGCUCCAUCUUUUACAACUUACUUUCCACUGUUAGAUUUGAUUAAAGUUUGAAGAUUUAUUACUUUUGCUGAAGGAUUUAUGAUUUAAUUACGAUGGCUGAUACUUGAUCUGGAAUUGAAUUUAGAGGUGGCAAAACUCUUCCCGAAGCUGAACAAACAAAGAAAUCAGAGGUGGUCUCUACUUCAGAAAGAAUGCUCUCUUUAAUAGAAGCUAUAGAUGCUAAGAUUGGUACAGUAGACACCAAAAUCGAUGAGCUGACAAACACUAAUGCAAAGCUUGAAAAACUAUUUUUGCUGUUCAAGAAUCUCUGAAGUAUCUGGAAGAUCGAUAUCAGAUGCUUAAACAGAGCACUCAUAGAACUGAAAGAGAACAGGAGUCAAACUAUUUGACAUAAGGAGGUGGCUGGGAAUGGAACCAAGUGCAAGACACAGACAUUGAAGUACUAGGGACAGGACUAGGAUACAGGGCGAGGGCAAGGACAUGGACAUGAAAACUGGGAACCCAGAACAGGACUGGACAAGAGAGCUAGGAGCCCGGGCUUGGACUUGAGGUGAGGCUUGAGACAAGAGGCUUGGGAUCUUGAAGCUUGGUUUGGGGCGAGGCUCGAGGCUUGGGGUCUUGAAGCUCCCCCUGGGCAGGGCGUGGAUCACCUGGGCAGUGCGCGGAUCUCCAACUGACAAAGGCGAGGGACAGGAAGGGACAGAACCCACCACAGGGUAAUGGCAAUCUGGCCCGACUUACCCGACAGAGGCAAGGGACAGAACCCACCGCAGGGUAACGGCAAUCUGGCCUGACUUACCCGACGGCAGCAAGGGACAGGAAGGGAGCUAGGUACAGGGUGGCUCCAAGAUAAGACUUCAGGCGAGACGAAGUGAGAGUUAACAGCAAGACAAGGCAAGGCUUUCAGCAAUGCAAGGCGAGGCGAGAGUUACCGGCAAGACAAGGCAAGGCUUCAGGAGAGGAAACAGAAGACAGGGGAAGGGAAACAAGGAGUAAGGACAAGAACAAUCCAGCAGUCACGCCCUGGUCUCUGGAGGUAUUUAUGCAGCCAGCCCCAACGAGCAUUAGCUGACUCAACUAGUGCUCAACAGGAACAGAAACAAGGUAAACAGGAAAACCUGGAGCAAGGGUUGAUGGACCGGACCAUGAACCAGAGUGCGGACUUCACGGACCGGACCAUGACACUAUUAAAGAACAAAAAUUGAAGUUAUCUUCUAUAGAAAAGAAAAUUAAUGAGUUUACUUCGGAGUUAUCAAGGAUUAAGAAGAAAAUGAUCGAUCUGGAAAGCAGAAGUCGCAGGAUGAAUUUACGCAUACUGGGUUUGCCUGAAAAUAUGGAAACCGGGUUCUUUUGAAGACCCUGACCUGGAGUUGCACGCUGACUUUGUUUCUUUGCGGAAAUGGGACCUGCUCUCAGGGUGUCACCACCGGCCGCUUUUCAAUAUGCCAAGGACGCGACCCCGAAGACGAGAGCGCCUUUAGGGUGCCGGAUUUUCGUGGCUCUAGAGGAUGGCGGUGUCGAGACGUUCUGACUACAUGAACUACCCACGACGAUGUGAAACUGCAGACAGUUGUGGGCGCAUCAUGGGAACCAGACUCCUUUCCAUGAAUUCUACCUUCUCUUCUCUGCUGCACUGGGGGGAGGAUAGUUAAUGUAAUAACAGCUCAUCUCCCAGCCCAGACACAUUGAUGCAGUUAAAAAGAAGGCGAGA